AUGUGGCCGGAAGGCGGAAUUAAGACUGACCCGUGCCCUUGCUGCAAGGUCUGCACGAACUGUCCAGGUUUCCAGAAGGUUCUGACUGCCCCGGAUGCUGGGUAUGUCCUGUACCGUCACACCACGCGAGUUGAGGAGAUCAACAAAAAAACCGGCGCUAUCGAAACUGUCACAGAUACAAUGGAUGAUGUAUUCAUUGUAGAAAGUACUAAAGUAACCCCAUUGGGCAAGAUUGAUUUUGAUCCGGAAAUUGAUCGAAAUCAGAUAAAAUGUCCACGAUGCGUCCAAAUACUAAAACGUGCGCAAACGCUAUUAAAGAAUCAGGAUUUUGGCAGAAGCGACGUAAUAGGGAUCUGCGAGCAUUGUCGCCAGAAAACUCAGACCGGACGAACGUGUCUGAAGUGUGAAAAAGCAGUCAAGAAGUUUCAGACAAGUAUGCAAGCUCAAAAACAAGGUUACACACAAAGAGUGAAGACUUGGCUGUCGAAAAUCCAACGUCUAAUCAAAACGAGUACCGCUGAUGAUAAAGGCGAGGUUCAAGUUGGUAAAUUGAAACGCAGACAUUCAGAUGUUGACAUUAAUAACUUACUCAUGAAAAUAUCUAAAACUGAUCGCGAACCUAAUAUAAAAGAUCUGUUAACAGAUGGUGCACGUGAAAUUUAUUCCGCCAAGAAAGGAGCUCUUAGUGAGCGAGCAUACCGUGCUGGAGCACUGAAGGAUAUAGAUAUAAAAUUCUAUGAAACGAGCGAUGAAAAUAAAUUUUCACAUGAAGAUAAAUAUUUUGUUCCGAGUUAUGAUAGACGUCACGCUAUUGAUACCCUAAUGCCUUCCAAUGUGACACUUGACGAGUUCGAAAUUGAAAAAGAUUUUAUUCGAAAGUAUGGAAAAAGCUAUAAAGGUUCUGAAAGUAAGGAUAAGUUUACAUCAGUGGGCAAAUUCAGGGUUGAGGAUGAAGUUCUUAAGGGACGUUACGGGUAUGAAAGAAGACAUUCGGCGUUUAGAAGUUAUCGUGAAGAAUAUGACAAACAAAUUCCACUCACAACGAAAAUUAGUAAGGGUUAUGUAUCAGAUAAGGUUUCAUCUGCCCGUGAACGGUAUGAAGACAUUAAAAUGAAAGAUUAUUCUGACGAUUUUCAACAUGAUGAUGAUAACAGGAAACAUGAUUACACACCAAGAGAUAGAAGGCAUUACGAAGAUGAUCAUAAAUAUUUAAUAAGAGAUAAAGAUGUAAGCGAUGAUAAAAGGCAGAUAAAAGAAUAUAUUAAAGAAGAAGAUAGAACUACGGAUCAUCCAACUUCAAUUAAAGAAUCACAAAAGAAAUUAGAAGGCAGGAUAUCACCGGACACUAAGAUAAUUUACGAGUCACCAACGCGCAUGAGAAGAUAUCAUUCAGAGGAAUCACUUCUGACUGGUAUGACAAAGAUGAGAGAGGAUUUGCGAAAGCAGAAAAUUUUCGAUUAUUACUUUCCGGUAACGAAAGAUGAGGUUAAAAAGAUAACAGUGGCAAAAGACGUAAGCUCCUCUGAACUGAUAAAAGAUACAUUGGAUAAAUUGAAAACGAAAAUAGAAGGAGAGAAAAAGAAGCAAGAGGCGGCUGACAGAUUAAAAGAAGAACGUAGAAAACAGCUUGAGAAGGGAAAAAUGGAAAGGAAAGGAAGUUUGGCAGAAGAUUUUGAAGAAAAAUCUAAAGAUAAAAAGAAAGGAAAAUCUGUGACAAAAGAAGACCAAGUUUCAGAUAAAGUCGUUAAAGAAAAACCAACGAAAGAGAAAAUAAGUAAGGAUAAAAUACCAAAAGAAGCCAAAAAGAAAGAAACUCCAAUCGAUUCGGCUAAAGAAGAAAAAGUAAAAAAGGGAAAAGAAGAAAUAGUUGAAAAGAGAAUCAAAGAAGGAGCGUCUAAAGAAAAAAAUAAAUUAGAAAAAUCUGAAAAAAUUGUUAAAGAAGACAAAUUAAAGCAAGAGAAACCUAAACAAGAAAAACCUAAACAAGAAAAACCCAAACAAGAAAAACCCAAACAAGAAAAAUCUAAGGACGAGAAGCCUUCGGGCGAAAAAUCUAAGGACGAGAAGCCUUCGGGCGAAAAAUCUAAGGAAAAAAAGCCUGUGGACGAAAAAUCUAAGGAUGAAAAGUCAAAAGAAGGAAAAUUGAAGGAAGCCGCCGGACCCAAGGACGAUAUGUCAAAAGAAAAAGAAUUAAAGAUGAAAGAGGAUCAAAUGAAGCUGAAACUUGAUCAAGAUGCAGAAGAACGUAAGAAACUCAGGUUGAAUGAAGAGGCGGCGGAUAGAGAACGGCAAAAGAAGGAACUGCAACUGCAGAGAGAAGAAGCCAGAAAGCAGAAAUUGGAAGACGCACAAAAAGCUAAAGAGGAAGCCGAGAAGAAGAAGAAAGAGCAGAUUUUCGAGAAACCGCCACAAACUUUUGCUCUGACUACAAUCAAAAUGAAGAAACCGUCUAUUUUUCAACUUGAUAAAGAGAAAGAUAAGCUUAAAGAGAGAAAAAUACCAACACCCGGUGAAAUUAAAAUCCAUAAGAAACAUUGUAUACAUAAACAUGGUAGCUGCGACAUUUGUGUUGAUUCAGAUUUAGACAUUGAUGUGCAGAACGUGUGGUGGGAAAAAGAGAAGGAAGAAUUGAUAAAAGAUAGAAUCAAAGAAGCUGUUGUUGGUGAAAAUAUUUAUAGAUAUAAAACACAAAUUGGUGUGGAAGAAGAGAAAGGGGUUCAACCGACAGUUUUCUAUAAAGAUUAUGGUGACAAUUAUGGUCAGGACAGUGGCGAGUCAAGGAUUGAGAAGAACGCAGGAACCAAAAGUAGAAUGAUGAGGUUUGGUAAAUCGGAACACGAAUACAAUACUAAGGGGGUAGUUCGUUACGCCUUGUCAGAUCGCUCGUUCAUAGAGAAAGGUUGGACGAAACUGCCCACGGAAAAAGUUGUGAGGAAGAUGAACGUGUACCGCAUGAGACCAGCUCAUCCGGAAUUCAACUGGUUCGAGCACCACAAGAACCGUGGCUUCAUGGAGUACGACACAGGGGAGAGGCUCGCAGAGUUUGAUGAGAACGGGCGAGGCCGCUGGUAUUACAGGAGCGGGCUGCUGGCCCUGGACUAUUACGAUGCUGAAGAAGUGAACGCCCAGCAACGCUUCGUGGUCUACAGCAGCGGUGAGCCGGACCAGCGUGGCAGGUCUCGCCCCAGGACAGUCCUGGCUGCCUUUGACUACCUGGGUAAUGGCAUCGUCUUUGACCACGCGGGAAAGAUCAGACUAAAAUACAAUCAGACCGAAGGCGUUGUUUUGGACCGGACCCUGGGACCAAUAUCUCAUUGGAAAUGGCACACGCUGAACGACCCGCCCGUCCUACAGCAAGUCAUGAUCGACACUCAACUGGCCCACAAAGAUCCAGAGAUUCUCAAACUUGGCGGGCAAAUGGACAACAAGCAGAGGCCGGACGACGAGCAAAUGCUGGCUAUAGAAUUCGACAACUUCAUCAAAGAGAAGAGCGCCAAAUUGACGCAGUCGUUCAAACCGUUUCAGAUAAAAAUGAAGGCGUUGAAGAUCAAUGAGUAUUUCUCGCUGCGCGUGUUGGAUCAGGCGACUGUCUAUCUCAUAUUCAGAGAUGGCAUUACGAACAUCAAAAUGAAUAUAGGAAUGAUAUUAGAUCAUAAAGAAAUCGUAGACACAGAUACCGCGGAAGUGGGGGAGGUGUCUAAUAAUUUGGAGCGGUUGCCGGCAAAAACUGACAGUUUAGCGGGGCUGCAGAAGAGUGUGGAUGAUGCUCGCAGACUGGAGAGGUGUAGGACGGAAAGAGAUAGAAGAAUAAGGAGACCACAGGCCGCGGUUAGUGUGGACCGAUUUCAAGAGGCAGUUUCGAAGCCGCUGAUGUUACCGUUAAGGACAAUGGAGUCGCCGAGCGGCGUGAGCAGAUUUUGCAAAUGCAGAAAGAGUUGUAACGUCUAUUAUGAUACCAGUAUUAUAUGAUUUUGAUUUGUGCA